AAAACCAUAGUAUGUUUUUACCCUUCCAUUUUCGGCAAACGGAUGGUGCUGAUGAUUCAUGGCACUGUCUACAUCCUUGCACAAGUGCUUCAUUUUUAUGAGAAGACCUUGGUAGAGAACGAAUCCUGGAGGUCAUGGUGGAUGACACUGACAUUAAAGAUUCAGCUAAGUACAAAAUUGAUCACAAUUUGGAUUGUCUUUUAGCUCAAGUUAGCAUCAAUCUAACAUGUAUUACCUUAGCAUCAAUCCUGAAGGUCAUGGUGUUGUUCGUUCUGUCCCAACUGAAUUGAAGAAAGAUCACAAUGAAAUCUGGAGUUAUCCCAGCUUGGUGGUUAGUUUGGCUUAUCCUCUUGUCAGCGGCGGCGGUCACGAUGUUCCCUUCAUCAAAACUAAAACACCAGAAAACUGCCAGUUCACAGUUUCUGUCUUAUCCAAAGUCUACUACCCACCUGGGUUUUCUCGAAAGGUGUUGGCGGAAGCGGUUGCUACAUUCUUGUUGGUGUUUGUUACGUGUGGAUCUGCGGCGUUAACCACAAGUGAUGACGGGAAACUGUCGCAACUCGGAGCAUCUUUAGCCGGUGGGCUGAUUGUGACGGUCAUGAUCUAUGUUGUUAUGAUGUUUUGAUGUUUGGAUUUGGAAAAUUUAAUUUUAGUUAUUUGAUGUUUUGAUUUGGAUGUUUAUUAUGAGGAACUUUGGAUGUAUAAUUUUUUAUAUUUUAAUGGAAUGGUAACAAGUUAU